AUGAGCGACGAUACCUCGUUCAAGUUCGUAGAGGGCGCCUUCCCCGUUGACGCGAAAACAGCCACAUCGACAAAAAAGGAGCACAAGUACUUGGUGGAUGGUUACAUUAUUGGGCAGUGGGGGUCUUACAGAACAUUCAAUGAGAGUGUUUCAGCAUCGUUCAUGUCGGCGGCCGUGGGCCGCCUGGUGGGCCUGCUGGCCGGCGGCGCCCCCGGCGCGCAGGAGCAGGCGGCGCGCGCGCUGGCCAACCUGGCCGCGAACGACGCCGAACCCGGCGCGCCAUCGGCCGGGCCCCGGGCGCCGUGGAGGGCCUGGUGGCUCUGCUGGCCGGCGGCGCCCCCGGCGCGCAGGAGGCAGGCGGCGCGCGCGCUGCAGAACCUGGCCGUCGACGACGCCGACACCCGGCGCGCCAUCGGCCGGGCCCCGGGCGCCGUGGAGGGCCUGGUGGCUCUGCUGGCCGGCGGCGCCCCCGGAGCAGGCGGCGCGCGCGCUGUCAACCUGGCCUGGGAAGACGCCGAGAACCGGCGCGCCAUCGGCCGGGCCCCGGGCGCCGUGGAGGGCCUGGUGGGCCUGCUGGCCUGGCGGGCCGGCGGCGCCCCCGGCGCGCAGGAGCAGGCGGCGCUCGCGCUAAGAAACCUGGCCCACGACGACGCCGAGAACCGGCGCGCCAUCGGCCGGGCCCCGGGCGCCGUGGAGGGCCUGGUGGCUCUGCUGGCCGGAGCAGGCGGCGGCGCGCUGGCCAACCUGGCCUGGGAAGACGCCGAGAACCAGCGCGCCAUCGGCCGGGCCCCGGGCGCCGUGGAGGGCCUGGUGGCUCUGCUGGCGGCGCGCGCGCUGGCCAACCUGGCACGCCGAGAACCGAGGAGCACGGCGCUCGCGCUAAGAAACCUGGCCGUCGACGCCGAGAACCAGCGCGCCAUCGGCCGGGCCCCGGGCGCCGUGGAGGGCCUGGUGGCUCUGCUGGCCGGCGGCGCCCCCGGCGCGCAGGAGGGGGCGGCGCGCGCGCUGGUCAACCUGGCCCACGACGACGCCGAGAACCAGCGCGCCAUCGGCCGGGCCCCGGGCGCCGUGGAGGGCCUGGUGGCUCUGCUGGCCGGCGGCGCCCCCAGCGCGCAGGAGCGGGCGGCGCUCGCGCUGCAGAACCUGGCCGUCGACGCCGAGAACCGGCGCGCCAUCGGCCGGGCCCCGGGCGCCGUGGAGGGCCUGGUGGGCCUGCUGGCCGGCGGCGUCCCCGGCGCGCAGGAGCAGGCGGCGCGCGCGCUGGCCUACCUGGCCUACGACGACGAGAACAAGCGCGCCAUCGGCCGGGCCCCGGGCGCCGUGGAGGGCCUGGUGGCUCUGCUGGCCGGCGGUGCCCCCAGCGCGCAGGAGCCGGCGGCGCGCGCGCUGGCCAGCCUGGCCUGCGACGUCGAGAACCGGCGCGCCAUCGGCCGGGCCCCGGGCGCCGUGGAGGGCCUGCAGGGCCUGGUGGCCGGCGGCGCCCCUGGCGCGCAGAAGCAGGCGGCGCGCGCGCUGGACAACCUGGGCAGCGGGAGGUGCCCGCUGCAGUAGGCGCCGCCGCGCCGGCCGUCGGCGCAGAGCAUCCGCGUGUGGCCGCGCCGCCGGGCGGCGGCAGCGUCUUGAUUUCUCAGGCGGGAGGCCGCGCCCCGCCCCGGGCGGGAGGCCGCCGCAGAGAGGGAGGGCCGCGGCCGAGCCGCGCUGCCCGCGGGCCGCGCGGCG